AUGAAAUCCUUCCAUUUCCUCCUCGCCUUGGCUUCGUCCGCCUCUGUUCUUGCUCAGACAACAGACCCUGGUCCAUCACCGACUGCUUCUGCCGGAUGUGAACCUCACGGUGAUCACUGGCACUGCGAUGGUCCAGCGUCAACAACUGCAGCUGCAGCUUCUACCACGACAGAACAUGUAGACGAAACCGAAACCCCUACUACACCGGCUCCCACAGAGUCCAUCGGCUGCGAACCUCAUGGCGAUCACUGGCACUGCGAUGGCCCUGCUUCGACGGAUGCAACUGCCACUGCGACAUCUACAGCAGACGAUACAGAUGAAACAGAAACACCUACUACGCCAGCUCCGAGCGAAUCUGUCGGCUGCGAGCCUCAUGGAGAUCAUUGGCAUUGUGAUGGUCCUGCCAGUUCGUCUGCUUCUGUGUCUGCGUCUGCUUCUGCCACUGGGGCUAGCGAUGAUGCUGAGGGUAAGGCGGGAGGACUCAGUGUCCAAGGUUCGGUUGUGUUUGGACUGGCCGGGUUGGUUGCUGCUGGUUUGUAUGUUUAG